AUGGGGAGUCCUGAAGGUAUGAGUUCUUUGACUACGGGAAAUUCUUCUCCUAUAAUUGAUCAUCAUCAUCCAUUAUACAUGUAUCUGUCAGAUGCACCUGGUUCAUUAUCAGCUGUGAUUGAGCUUGUCGGUACGGAAACUUACACGAUUUGGAGCCGAGCUAUGAAGGGGCUCUCAUCUAUAUCAGAGUAUUUUUCCAGAAUAAAAGAUUUAUGGGAUGAGUAUGACUCGCCAGUACCUCCUUCUUCUUGUGAUUGUGCAAAGUCUAGGGACUCUCUUAUAAAUUUUGAGAGGCAGCGUCUUUAUCAAUUUCUAAUGGGAUUAAAUGAUAGUUAUGGUCAUGCUCACAGUCAAAUUUUAAUGAUGAAACCUAUGCCAAACAUUAACCAAGUCUAUUCUAUGUUAAUGCAAGAUGAAAGCCAAAAACAACUUGCAGGAGGCAUUUAUGUUUUGACUGACAAAGUUGAUCCUGCAGCACUGUUUGUUGCUGGAAAUGGAGGACAGGAAAAAAAACCUAUAUUGUGA